AUGGUUUCAGCAGCCCAAGAGCAAGAAUCUUCGAAAGGAAAGUUGCAUUUUCUGGGCUUUCAGAUGGGCGGCGGGGGCGCGGCGCGGGAGCCGGAGCUUCGGUGGCCGCUGAGCCGGCGGGGCGCCGCUCGCCCAGCCGCGGCCGCGGAAAGUUCGGCCGCUAGAAGGACGACCUGGCAGGCAGCGAGCGCCCGCUCCGCCAGAGCCGAGUUUGCCCGCAGCUGCCCCUCCCCGUCUCCGGGAGCCGAGCUCCUCACCUGCCCUCCGCCCACCCGCACGCCGCUAGCCAACUUCUCCCUGCAACUGGGGGGUAACAGGCACUUCUUGCCCUCUCUACUGUCCCGACGGCACCCGUAUGUCUCCGGACACCUGAACACCCCAGUGUCCCUGAGGAGCCUCCCGGCAGGGAGGGGAGCACCGGUUCCCUUCGCGCCGCACAUCAGCGCGGACCGCGGACGCCUCACCUCCCGGUCCCGUCCCUUCCUUUUCCUCCAGGGGAGGAGGAUGGGGUUGGAAACGCUUCCCCCGAGGAUGCUCGUGUGGCUGGUGGCCUCGGGGAUUGUUUUCUACGGGGAGCUUUGGGUCUGCGCUGGACUCGAUUAUGACUACACUUUUGAUGGGAACGAAGAGGAUAAAGCGGAGACGAUAGACUACAAGGACCCUUGUAAAGCCGGGUGCGGUUCCCCAAUGUUCGCCUGAGACCGAGUUGGUUAGAGUUCCCCAAAAGAUGGGCGGGGAUGGAAUUGCCACCUUGGGACACCUUUGCUCCCUCUUUUGCCAGGGAUCUCAAGUGUGGGAUGCAGGCGAGAAGGGUAUUGUGACGACCUUGGAAACUCCCACGCUAGAUGGAAUUCAAAUGCUUUUGCCCAUUUAAAAUAAACCUUAAAAAAAAAAAAAAAAAAAAAAGCUCCAAGUUGUUACCCCAUCCAAACUUGCGCCUUCCUUCCUGUGUACACACCCCGGGAACUGCAGUUUGACCUGCACGGCCUGAAGCUCAGCUUCUCCUCGUCCGUCCGGGAUCGGCCCGGGACCUUCCCCU